CUUGCUCCCCCUCUCUGUGUGACACCCACUCUAUCUCCCUCUUCCUCUCUCUUUACACUCCCCUCUCACCACUCUGCAGCCUCAGUUUGUUGAGCGGGCAUACAAGAGGCAGCAGGCAGCUGCCGAGAAGGAGUGAGCUUGGAGGCGACUCCAGCCUCCUUCUCUGGCCAGUUGCGUCUCUCUUGUGCAAAUGGAAACUAAACGGUCAAGUAGCAGCAGCAGCAGCAGUGAGGAUGGGGGGCAGAUCUGCAGGGCAGGUCAGCAGGGGUCAUGAGGGCGUCGCAGGCGUCACUCGCUGUUUGCAACAGCUGAAGCAGACAUGGGCAGAGACGUCUUGGGCGACGACGGCAGGCGCAGCCUUAUCGACUUUAUCGACCGGUCGGAUCCUCCUUCAACACAACUGCCACUGGCUCCACAGCAAGUUCUCUGUCUUCACCAGCUCCUCCUUGUGAGACUUUGCGAUGAGAAUGUCCGACAACACUAACAGUGAGGUGAUGAAGGUUUCUGCUGAGGUUCCCCCCACCACUGACCCGGCUUCAUCUCUGAGAGACGGCGCCACUACGUCUGAGGUCUCAGAGCAGAUCCAGAUUCAGACCCAGAGCGGCAGCACUAAGAAGGAAACACAGCCUGUGAAGUACUCGAAGUCCAGUACCAGGCUAAGGCUGGUGCGGAGCCUGGCCGUGUGUGAAGAGUCCUUCCCCUGUUCCCUUCCUGAGCCUUCAGCAGCAGCAGCAGCAGCUCCUCAGGAUGCAUUCCACCUCCAGCCAAUUGAGAAGGAAGAUCAAGCAGCACAAGAUCGAGAGGAGGAAGCCAGUGACAAACCUGAGAAAACGCUAAAGAAACGCCUCUCCAGAGACUCUAGUCAAGACUACACUGAUUCCACUGGAAUAGAUCUGCACCAGUUCCUAGUGAACACCCUAAAGAACAACCCCAGGGAUCGAAUCAUGCUUCUGAAACUGGAACAGGACCUUCUGGAGUUCAUCAGCAGUAACGGGACUCAGAAGAGGAAGUUUCCACCCAUGACGGCGUACCACAGGAUGCUGCUCCAUCGGGUGGCUGCCUAUUUUGGUAUGGAACACAACGUGGACUCCAGUGGGAAGUCGGUGGUGAUCAACAAAACCAUCAACACCAGAAUACCCGAUCAGAAAUUCUCGGAGCACAUCAAAGAUGACAGGACGGACGAUUUCCAGAAACUCUACAUUCUAAAACGUGACAACUCCAGCUUUGAUCGAGAUGAUGGCACGAAUCGGAUGCGUUUGAAAGCUGACAAGAGGAGUAAAUCAAUGGAGGAGCGGGAGGAGGAGUACCAGCGAGCCAGAGAGCGGAUAUUUGCACAUGAUGCGGAUCACUUCGUAUUGGAUAGAAGUCCCCAGAGUGAAGAAACAUGCAUGAGCAGCCAGCAGAGGCGGCAGAUGUUUAGGUUGAGGGCAGGUCGGUCAGGUGCCAGUAGACAGAGCAGCUCUGAGACGGAAAUGUUGCCCCGGCACAGUGAGCCACGGCCAUGGAGCAGCACAGACAGCUCAGACAGCUCUAACCGUCUGGCUCCACGGCCUGCAAUCACCAAAGCCAGCAGCUUCAGUGGCAUUACCCCCAGCCUGGUGCGUGGGGACAGCUCAACCAGCAGCAAGAGCACGGGGAGGCUCUCCAAAACAGGUUCAGAUUCCUGCAGUAGCGUUGGUUCUUCGUCCAGCUCUCUGUUGCCCCUCCCACUACAUCCUCCGUCCAGGUCCAGUUUUCCCACCUCACCCUUAGUCCAACAGUCUAGCUCUGACCCCAGAAGUCCUGGACACACUGAGAUAAUAAAGAGCGCCCCCUCACUCCCACCUCCGCCUCCAACACCACUACCAUCUACAGACCCAACUAACUUCUAUGUGUUACCGUUGGAAGCCUCAGGGAUCCCACCUGGCAGCGUUCUGGUGAACCCGCACACAGGUAAACCUUUCCUCCAUCCUGACGGCAGUGCUGUGCUCUUUAACCCACCAAGCGUCGUCCUUCAUGCUGCUGCAGGCAGGAACCUACUGCAGGGGAAAAACCCACAGCAGCCCAUCUCUGCUGCUGCAGGACAGCAACAGCCCACCAAUCAUCUGCACUCACAGCCGAUCUGUCCUCCUUUCCAACCGUCUUCUGAGCCUGUCCACAACCCGACGGUCUCUUAUCCUCCUCUUCCUCCUCCUAAUUGUCUUCCUCCGUCUCAGUUUCUGCCCAUCUGUUCUAACCAACAGUUUACUGUGCCUGAUGUCCUAAACACCCAGUUCAGUCACAUGACUCUGACGCAGCCCCCCCCCACUGACAGCGGAUCUCUAGCCCCAGACGCCCGUCACUACCCUACUGUGUACCACCCUCACAUGUCGCCUAUGCUGCUGCAGGGACCUCCUUCACAGCAGGUGGCUAACUACAUGGUGGCUGCGCCAUCAGGAGGACACACAGCGGUGCUUCAGGGUCAGCCGGUUCAGAUUUCAACUCCAGGCCCCAACCAUGCCUUCACCAGCGCUACUCCAGGUCCUGCUGGGUUCCCCAGCCCCACACUGAACCAGCCUGUACUGCAGCAGCACGCGUUCAUUCAGCAGCCGCUCCAGCAGAUGUCCACAUGUUACUGCUCCUCAGCUCACCACCCACACUGCUCCACCCAGCAGCAGCAGCAGCAACAACAGCUACAGCAUUACCGACCGUCUGUUACCCCGCUGCCAUACAACUGCCCUCAGAGCCAAAAUCUGCCCCAGCAGCAAGUUUACCAAGGAGUGAUGCCAAACCCAGCGCCCAGUUACCAGACUGUAGUGGGCGUGCAGCCAACACCCAACCUCACCCUCUCUGACAACCAGCAAAGCAAUAUUGGAAACCAGAUGCCAGGCAUGAUGGUCCAGUACCCUCACCUGCAGUCAUAUCAGCAGGUGCCGCAGCAGUCGUACCAGCAGCAGCCACUCUAUGUCUCCUGUCCGCCUGGACAAGGAGCCGUGGCCGUGGCUGUGAGCGGCAUGCAGCCCUGCUACAACCUGCUUCCCCAGAACCAGCACGCCACCAUGAGCUCCACACUGAGUUUCCUUCCUACCCCGAUGAUGGAGCAGCUCCAGUUUUCUCAGACCUCAUCUCCCUGUUUCUCACAACAGCAGCAGUUGCAGCAGCAGCAGCACUCGGCUCAGCAGUACACAGGACUGCUGCAUCCACCGCCUGGUGGUGGUGUGGUGAUGUUGCAGAUGACUCCGGCCCCUCCUCAGCAGCAGCCGGGGCCCAGGGCCCUGUCCCCCUGCCAGAGGAAACAGCCUGGCUACAAACACCCAGGCUCUGAGCAGCAGCGUGACAGGAGACCCACUGAGUUACCUCCAGACAUCACACAGAGCAGCCUGUCUUUGUCUCCAGCACUCACUCCUUCUUUAGGACAGCCCCCGAGCGCCAAAGGACUCCCAGCAGGCUUUUCAACCGUCCCUGUCAUGGCCCAUCCCCCACACCUUCAUACGGCUUUCUGCCCCCAUGGACAAGGUGAUGCUCACCUUUCCCUGCUGGGUCAACCUCUUCAUUACAACCCCUCCAUCAGACCUCCACUGCUCCACGCCGCACACAUGAUGACCAAACACCAGGGUGCACGCGGUGUUUGGCGAGGUGGUCACGGGAGGAAGGGAAGCAGAAAGUCGCUGUCUUCAGACCUCAGUUGAGCUGUAACAUCCAGCAGAGGGCACCAGAUGCACAGACUGCGCCCCCUACUGCCUCAUCGGAGACAGCCGAUUCAACACUCGCAGCACAGACCAAACCUGCUCUGAAACUAAAACUCUACUGUUCUCCCCUUCCCUUAACGCUGCACCACAGCGCCACCCAGCGCUUCACCUCACUCUACGCACAUCUGCCUCUGCUGCCUCAGUCUGGACUCAGUCCAAGACCCUGUCCUACUCCAAAAAACCCGAACAUUCAACUGCAUAUUUUUAUUUCUGCUGUUUUGUUUACUUUUAAAUUCUUUUGCAGUCCAUACACGGCUCCCCCUGCUGGCCCUUCCAGGCCGCCUGUUCCUGCAGUUAGCAGGCUAAAGUGUUCAAAGAACUUCUGAAGGAAAGUUCGCGUCUCCACUGUGGCUACUUUUAUAUGGAAAAAAGAAAACAUUUGCUUACUUGACCUGAUGUUGCCAAGUUUAAGGACUGUAUGGAAUGAUCUAAUUCAUUUAAUUCACUUUUGAUUGGCUCAUGGUUUAAAGGGAGAGUGCAGGUGUUUAAAGAGAGGUUGUCUCAGGUCUAAAGAAAAUAUCAGUGAUUUUAGCUCACAGUUGUUGAUCCACUGCUGCCUCCAACAUCAAGUACUAAUGGGAUAUUUUGUGAUUUCAGUGGUUCAGUCAAACAUCAGACACCAAGUGUCCACUGGAGGCAGCAGUAGACCAGCAGCACCUGUGUCAGCCUGAGCUAAAAUCACUGAUUUUCUCUAUAGACUUCUGUGUAAGUGAAUGAGUAGUUUAUUGAUGGAAAUAUUUCUCUCCAGGCAAAAACAAAUUAAACAAAAAGAAUAUUUUUACAGCCUUCCUUUAAAAGCUGUUUUUUUACCUUUAAUCCUCAAAAGUUAUUCUCCCAGAAAUAAAAGAAUCUUCUUUUCUUUGUUUGUGUUGUGUGACACAGCGCAGCUUAAGCCUGUGACAGUUGCAGACACUGAAUAAUGGAUGUGUUUCUACCUGAAUAAUUCAAACAGUGAAUGUUGCGUUUGCACUGAUGAAGAUGAAGAUGUUUGUUGGGCCUGGAUCCUCGUCUCUCCUCCGUCACACUUGUGUGUUGCACUCAGCCAGGCCUCUUUCUUUCUUUUAUAUAUAUUUAAUUCAAAGGUUUAUAUGCACAAGACGAAUGCAAUCAAGGCGAGUUUCUUAUUUUGUUUUUUAUUUUUAUUGUUUGUGUGAAAAACGAGGAGAUUCUGUGUUUUUGUUGAUUUUCCAACGGUAAUAAAUGUUUUCUUCACA